GCAGUCGAAGCGGAAUUAACUAAUUCGUUUAAAUGGAGGAGCCGUCAGUUUUACUUUGUGAAUUAGCAGAUGAAUAUUUUGACAGCAAUGAAAAUAUUGCUUCGAGUUUGCUGUUUCAUUAUGGCAAAAGACAAUGGUAUAUAAAACCAUUCCUAGUUGAAUAUGAGAAUGAACUAAUUGCGAUUAUAACAACCUAUGAAAAAGUGCGCACCAAAAAACUAUGUUUUAGAGUAAUAGAAGCUCAAAAUGGCUGUCGAACACUUGCAUUCCUUCAGAAGGAAAUGGCGUCAAAUUAUCCGGCAAAUAAACUCGACAUGGAGCUAGCUGCUGAGAUUUUGCCAAUUAUCUUCAGAAAUUACACGCCCACUCUCGAGUUCGAGGUGGAGAGAGAACAUCAUCAGAGCCAACGUGAACUGAAGAGCUAUGUAACGACGCAGCUUUACAAUGCCUUACAUUGUAAGCAUCAGGAGCAAAAAACUGCGGAGCCAUUAUCUCUGUGCAUGCCGAAGUGUUUCAAAUCUCAAUUGAGAAAAUAUCAGGAACGUACCGUCAGUUGGAUGCUGACACGUGAACAAGAGACAAAUCAAUUUCCAGCCAAUUAUCUUACACUGCAGACCGUGGACAACCACCAUCAAGUAUUCAAGCACAAAUACUGCCUUCAAUUCUAUGCGCACCAAGAUGCAAUGCCCAUGAUCAUAUUGCCACCAGGCGGCAUUCUGGCCGAUGAGAUGGGUCUGGGCAAGACAGUUGAACUGCUGGCUACUUUGCUGCUGCAUCCCAGAGAAAAUAUCAACAACAGUUACUGGCGCAAUUUGCUGGACAAGUUGGAAGAUCAUGUGCCGGCAAAGCUGAGGCGCACGGAACACAAAACCCAUUGCAUUUGCCCGCACUCUCAAGCCAACAAAGUUAAGGUGCAGUGCAGGAGCUGCCAACUAUGGCAGCAUCAGACGUGCAUACUGGACGCCAGCGAUGUUUAUAUGUGCCCCAAAUGCUGGACAGAAUCCACAACAGAAUGUGUCGAGCUGGUGGAAUCAGGAGCUACAAUCAUUGUGUCCCCAAACGCUAUCAAGACGCAGUGGUUCAAUGAAAUUAGCAAGCAUAUAAGCUCCACGCUGAAAGUGCUGCUCUAUCCGGGUUUGCACUCUGGCCUGUGGAUCAGCCCAUUGCAAUUGGCCCAAUAUGAUAUAGUGUUGACCGACUAUUCCAUCCUAACGCACGAGAUUCAUCAUACGCCGCGCAACGCAACGCAUCGCGAGAUGCGCUUCGAGCAGCGUUACAUGCGGCCCAGUUCCCCGCUGCUGAUGGUCCACUGGUGGCGCGUCUGCCUGGACGAGGCCCAAAUGGUCGAGAGCAGCACAUCCCAAGUGGCGGAAAUGGUGCGUGAACUACCGGCAGUGAAUCGCUGGGCGAUCACUGGCACUCCGAUACAGCGCUCCAUCGAUGAUCUGGCGCCGCUACUUCAAUUCAUUGGGUUCAAGGAUGCUUGCCAGCCCAGCGAUGCCUGGCAGACGGUCUCCAACUCUUUUCUGUUGAACCACAAUGCCGAGCCGCUGCUGGAGCUCUUGCAACAAAGCAUGUGGCGCACUUGUAAAUCGAAAGUGGAGCACGAGCUGGGCAUACCACCGCAAACUGAGCUCGUGCAUCGGCUCGAGUUGAGCAACGUGGAGGCGCUGUAUUACCGCGAGGAGCAUGCCAAAUGCACAGAACUCUUCCUGGCAGCCGUGGCUAAGCACACGAAACAGAAUCCGAAUAACAAUUGCUGCUUGGCUUCCAUAUCGCCCAAGCUGCUAAGGAUCAUAUUACAUCCUUUUCUGCGCAUUCGAAAAACUUGCUCCAUUCCAGUUGUGAUCAACAAACAUGUGACCACGACCAACUAUUUGAAUCCACAGGAUCUCCUAACGCAUUUGAAAUCGAACAACGAAAUGCAAUGCAAGCGCGAACUACGCACUUGGGCCUCAUCCUACAAUGGCCUCGCAGCCAUUCAUUUCAUACGAAAACAGUACGGCGAGGCGAUCCAUAACUAUAAACUGGUGCUAAAGCUAGCUAAGGACUACAAUGAGGAGAACAUAUCCGUGGACAGCUUGCUCCAAAUACAUGCAUUGCACAAUCUACUGGAGGCUUCGCAGUUGGCACCGGAGACGGAGAGAUUGGCGGAGCAGGAACUCACUGAAUAUCGCUUGAAGCUAAACGCACUGCAGCGUAAAUAUUUGGAGGAAAAGUCAACUGUGCUGCAGGCAGCACAAGAUGCCUAUGAGUCGAAGCAGGAGGAGCUGGAUAGGCUGGAGCAACAAUAUGAAACAAAUACUUUAGAUCUAUUCGCCACAUUGAUCAAUACGAGUGGAUCGAUGCACAAUGCGCUAUGGAAUAAGAUGUUGGAUGAGUUCUUCAGGCAAAACUGUUCCAAGGAUAAGUUACAGGAUGUGAACUCAAUGACGGGCGUGCUCUAUAUAAUACACAACUGGCACAACAAACUGAUGAAGCUGCACAAAAAACUUGGGACCGAAUUUGAGGGUCUGAAGAACAUUUUGGUGCAGGCGUGUGGAGCAGUGAAACAGGGAGUUGCCUUAAAUCAGGAAACUCUCAGCUUCAUUAGAGAUGUCUCCGAUUGUCACUUGGCUGACAUUUUGGACGAAAAAGUCGCUGACAAACCUGUAAGAGCAGAAAAGCCAAAGAAACAGGAGCCCUGUCGUUUAUGUCAGAUCCGUGAUAUUGUCAAUCAGUUUGAGUGUCUGCUGUUUGCCAAGGAGUUGGGCAAGGAGGGCACUGUAACGGAUGGCACUGAGAAUCCCAGCAUCGAAAUAAUCGUUAUAAAAGUUGUCUUCGCCUUUUUGCGCACCAAAAGCGAGUUUAGUGAAUUCAAAGCCGAAUGUAAAAGUAAAGUUGAGUUGCUGGAUGCCAUGCAGAGUCUGGUGAAAUUGCAGAUUAAGUACUGGAUUGAAAUGGAGUAUGUGAUCAAAGCAUUCGAUGAGCUGGACAUGUGCAAAAUGCGCAUUUUGCUCACCAAUGAUCCUGAGGAGCAGUCCACCUUUCGCAUACUGUCCUGCCAGUUGGACGAGCAAACGGAAUUCAAUUUGAGCCAUAUUCAAGAAUCGCAGUUGAAUUUUACGCGCUUGUCCGGACGUCUAAAGUACUUAAAACAUUUAAAGGAGGAUGCGGGCGAUAAGCCCUGUCCCAUCUGCCAAACUCAGGAUGAUAAACGCUAUGUAAUGCUGUCCUGUGGUCAUUUUCUCUGCCAACAUUGCCUGGACAGCAUGAAGAAGCAAAUGGGUCGUGAUAGCGUUAAGAAAUGUCCAUUGUGCAGACAAGAUUCGCCACAGCUCUACUAUUCCAUACGCAAGGGUGUCAACAGUUCCGAGGUCGUCGGCGAUUUCUCCACAAAGAUUACGUAUAUUGUUGACCUAGUGCUGAAGAUCAAAUCCGAAAGCUCUGACAAAAAUCAAGAAAAAAUUCUGAUCUUCUCACAGUGGCCAACCAUAUUGAAUCACAUUGCCAACGCUCUAAGUCAAAAUUCUAUCGAGUACCGCAGCAAAUUUACUAAUCGCGAUAUUGAUGAAUUUAAGGAUGCUGAUCGCAAUGUGACUUGUUUGUUAAUGCCCAUAGCUAGAGGUUCAAAGGGUCUCAAUCUAAUUGAGGCUACUCAUGUCUUCCUCGUAGAACCAAUUUUGACGCCAGGUGAAGAACUGCAGGCUAUUGGACGUGUUCAUCGUUUCGGUCAGACGAAGCCCACCACGGUACAUCGUUUCAUUGUAAAUGGCACGAUCGAGGAAAAUAUCAUGAAACUCAUCAAAUCGGCAGACGAUAAAUCCACAUUAUCAACACACUGGGACCUUGACAACAUGACAUUAGAUAGCCUGACGAAUCUAUUUACACUUAAGGAGAAUGACUAAAUAUAAACGGAUAUGCUAAUAUGUA